GGGCCUUCUAGCCAUUUCCUCUGGGUCCCUGCGGCCUCGGGACACCCCCUCGGUGUGGAGACACAGGCAGAACUGCGGCUGACAGGCUGUCAUGGCGACCGGUCGGGACCCCGAGGAGGAGCAGGUCGUCCCGGGUGACGAGGAGGGAGCCGACGUGCGGGCCGUGCAGGCCCGGUACCUCCUCCGGAGCCCCUCGCCCAGCCAGUGCUCCGUGGUCUCCGAGGCAGACACAGAGAGCGUUUUCAUGGAGCCCAUCCACCUCUCCUCCGCUGUGGCUGCCAAAAGGAUCAUCAGCGAAGAACUGAAGCCGCGGGGGGUCCGGACCGAGGCCACGGGUCGGGGCAUGCUGGAGUCGGCCGAGCAGCUGCUGGUGGAGGACCUGUACAACCGCGUCCGGGAGAAGAUGGACGGCACCAGCCUGUACAACACGCCCUGCGUGCUGGACCUGCAGCGGGCCUUGGUCCAAGACCGCCAGGAGGCCCCCUGGAAUGAGGUGGACGAGGUCUGGCCCAACGUCUUCAUAGCGGAGAAGAGCGUGGCCGUGAACAAGGGGAGGCUGAAGCGGCUGGGAAUCACCCACAUCCUGAACGCUGCUCAUGGUACCGGCGUCUACACGGGGCCUGACUUCUACACCGGCCUGAGCAUCCAGUACCUGGGUGUGGAGGUGGACGACUUUCCCGACGUGGACAUCUCCCAGCAUUUCCGCAAGGCCGCCGAGUUCCUGGACGAAGCCCUGCUGACGUGCCGAGGGAAAGUGCUGGUCAGCAGCGAGAUGGGCGUGAGCCGGUCGGCGGUGCUGGUGGCGGCCUACCUGAUGAUCUUCCACCACAUGCCGGUCCUGCAGGCCUUGAUGACGGUGCGGAAGAGGCGGGCCAUCGCCCCCAACGACGGCUUCCUGAGGCAGCUCCGGGAGCUCAACGAGAAGCUGAUGGGAGAGAGGGACGAGGACGAGGGCUGGGAGGGGGGCGCCCCUGGGGCCGAGGAGGACGAGGACGCGAGCAGCGCCGCCGGGGCCGGGGCGCACCGCCUCACCGUGGAGGAGGAGGACGACGCCACGAGCCGCCUGAGUGGCUCCUCCUUGGGCACGGCCAGCCAGGCCUCCAAGCCCCUCGCCCUCAUCGAUGAAGACGAGGAGGAGAGGAUCUACGAGCAGUGGACGAAGGAGCAGGGCCUCCCGACCAGCAGGGGCCCCCCGGGCGGAGACGGCAGGCGCUCCACCCGCUCUGCCCCGUCCGAGCAGGGUGGGGAGGAGUCUGAGGACGAGGACCUGGAGAGGAUCAUCCGGGAGUGGCAGAGCCGGAAUGAGAGGUACCAGGCAGAGGGGCACCGGAAGUGGGGGCGGGAGGAGGAAAGAGAGGAGGAGGGUGCCGCCGGCCCCUUCGAGGGGAGAAGGCGCAGGUGCACCGUGAGCGAGAGCAGCACCUCGGAGAGCGUCAGCAGCCAUGCCGUUCGGGUCCUGAGGCAGCAGCUGGAGACCAGCAGCCAGAGCCGCGCCCGGAGGCCCCGCUCAGACUCCGUGUCCACAGAGAGCACCUGGGACGUGUGGGACCAGAGGCUGCUGGAGGCGGAGACGGAGGCUUCCCGGAGGUUCCACGCCAGGAGCCGGAGAGAGGAGGCGGACGCAGGCUCGGAGGCGGGGAGCCGGGCUCGAGGGGACGACGAGGAGAGCGUGUUGUCCGAGGCCAGCUCCUUCUAUAACUUCUGCAGCAGGAACAAGGACAGACUCACGGCCCUGGAAAGGUGGAAGGUCAAGAGAAUCCAGUUCGGAUUCCACAGGAGGGGCUCGGAGGCAGGAGAGAGCGGCGGUGAGCCAGGGGCCGAGGAGGCCGAGCAGGAGAAGAAAGGCGUCUCCGACGUCAGCCUGACAGCCUACCAGGCCUGGAAGCUGAAACACCAGGAGAAGGUGGGCAGUGAGGACAAGGAGGAGGUGGCAGAGCUCGGCAAGGGCGAGGGCUCGGCCUUGGCCAAGAAGAGGCAGCGGAGGCUGGAGCUGCUGGAGAGAAGCAGGCAGACGCUGGAGGAGAGCCAGUCCAUGGGCAGCUGGGAGGCGGCCAGCACAGCGGCCAGCAGGAGCAUCCCCCUGUCUGCCUUCUGGUCUGCAGCCCCCUCGGUCAGCGCCGACGGGGACACCGCGUCCGUACUCAGCACCCAGAGCCUGAGCUCCCACCCACCGCAGGCUGUGGGCCACGCCACGCCAGUGCCUAGCCUGCCGGUGGGGCCUGGAGACACCAUCUCCAUCGCCAGCAUCCAGAACUGGAUCGCCAACGUCGUCAGCGAAACUCUCGCCCAGAAGCAAAACGAGAUGCUGCUCCUGUCCCGCUCCCCGUCCGCGGCGAGCACCCGGGCGGCACCCGCGGCCAGCUGCCCGGAGGAUGACGCGGUCUCCGAGCUCGGCGCACGGAGCGCCUCCUCCCUGGGCCUCCCGCCUCAAAGCCGGGCGAGACCCAGCUCCGACACGCAGUCCGUGCUGUCCUGCCGCAGCACCCCGAGCUCCAGGGCCGACGGUGCGGGGAGCAGAGGGAGGGCCACCAGCAAGCCCAUCUGCAGCCUCUUUGCCGACCACGUCAACCUGAAGGAGCUCGACCAGAAGGAGAAGGAGAUGCAGCUGGAGCUGAGGGAGAAGAUGUCCGAGUACAAGAUGGAGAAGCUGGCGUCCGACCACAAACGCAGCAACCUUUUCAAGAAGAAGAAGGUCAGGGAGGACGAGGACGGGGACGUGGGCGAGAAGGACGAGGAUGCUGACAGCGCCAUCAGCAGCUUCCGAGAUUCUUCCCGCAGCGGCUCCCAAAAACCCGGAGCGGACGCCAGCUCCUCCCUGGAUGCGCCUGGUCACUACGGCGGCAGCAGCGGGACCGGCCACCAGACAAACAGCAGCAUAAAUACGUGGCUCAGCGGCCUCGGGUCGGAGGAAAGGUCUCCUCCCCAGAGCGACUGGUCUGGAGGCUCCUCCAGGGGGAAGCACACCAGGUCUUCCCUGCUCCAGGAGAUGGAGUCCAACUCCUCCAGGUACAAGUUCUCCAAGUCACGUUCGGAGGCAAAGGACACGUCCUCCUACCACACGGCCGACGGCAGCUCCGUGAGAAGCACGUCCCGCUUCUCCUCCUCCUCCACCAGGGAGGGCCGGGAGACACACAGCUUCUCCAGGGCCGUGUUCAGCGAGACCACAAGCUCCCAAGAGGCCAGCCCGGAGCCCUCCGCCGGGGAAGAGUCGCCCGAGCCCCGGCGUCCGGACUGGGCCCGGCCCAGGGACUGGGAGGACGUGGAAGAGUCGUCCAGGGCAGACUUCUCUGAGCUUGGAGCCAAGAGGAAGUUCACCCAGAGCUUCGUGAGGUCUGAAGAGGAGGGAGAGAGGGCGAGGACGGAGCGCAGAGAGGAGGGGAGGUUUGCGUCAGGACGGCGGGCCCAGUACCGGCGCCGCACAGACGGGGAGGAGGAGGAAGGAAUGGAUGACGAGGCCAUCAUCGCGGCCUGGAGACGCCGGCAGGAAGAGACCAGGACCAAGCUGCAGAGGAGAAGGGAGGAUUAGUGGGCCGGGUGGACCUGGGAGGGACUGGGGACACAGGCCGAAGCCAGGCAGCUUAGCACAGGGCUCGGGUGCACAUUGCCACCGUCUGUCAAGGGUCAAGGGCAUGCACAGGCUCAUUGAAGGGGCAGAGCUGGAAUAAGAGGUGCCAGGCAGAAGGGCAGAGGAGGAGAGCCAUGGAAGGCAGGGCUGAACGCUGCACCCACUGACGCCGUUUCCUGUUGCCCAUCCUCUGAGCCUCGGAGGUUCCCGCGUGUGUUCCGUAGUGUUGGUCACAGAGGCGCUGGGGCUGGGGGAGACCCUGGCGCUCGUCCACGAGGCUGUGGGUGCAGGCGUGCUUCUGCGUGGAGCUUUUCUAGUGGGACCCAGGAGGUCGACCCUGUGGCAAGUCUCACCUGUCCCGGCGA